UUUCCGGGAGGGACCGUCUGGGGGGUGCCGUUCCGGGUGAAGGGAGGUGGCGGGAGGCGGAGGGCGGGGUUCGCGCGUUGCGGGGCUUGACCUCGGCGGCGUCUCUGAGCCCAGGGCUCGGCUCAGCCAUGGAGAGCGGAGGGCGGCCUUCGCUGGGCCAGUUCAUCCUUCUGGGCACCAGCUCUGUCGUCACCGCCGUGCUGUACUCCGUGUACCGGCAGAAGGCCCAGGUCGCCCAAGAGCUCAAGGGAGCCAAAAGAAUCCACUUGGGUGAAGAGUUAAAGAGUAUUCUUUCCGAAGCUCCAGGGAAAUGUGUGCCUUAUGCUGUUAUUGAAGGAGCUGUUCGAUCUGUUAAAGAAACACUUAACAGCCAGUUCGUAGAAAAUUGCAAGGGGGUGAUUCAGCGGCUGACGCUUCAGGAGCACAAGAUGGUGUGGAACCGCACCACCCACCUUUGGAACGACUGUUCCAAGAUCAUUCACCAAAGGACCAACACGGUGCCCUUUGACCUGGUGCCCCACGAGGACGGUGUGGAUGUGGCUGUGCGGGUGCUGAAGCCCCUGGACUCACUGGAUCUGGGCCUGGAGACAGUGUACGAGAAGUUCCACCCCUCCAUCCAGUCCUUCACGGAUGUCAUCGGCCACUACAUCAGUGGGGAGCGGCCCAAGGGCAUCCAGGAGACUGAGGAGAUGCUGAAGGUGGGGGCCACCCUCACGGGGGUGGGCGAGCUGGUCCUGGACAACAACUCCAUCCGCCUGCAGCCCCCCAAGCAGGGCAUGCAGUACUACCUGAGCAGCCAGGACUUCGACAGCCUGCUGCAGAGGCAGGAGUCCAGCGUCCGGCUCUGGAAGGUCCUGAUGCUGGUGUUUGGCUUUGCCACGUGUGCUACCCUCUUCUUCAUCCUCCGGAAGCAGUACCUGCAGCGGCGGGAGCGACUGCGCCUCCAGCAGAUGGAGGAGGAGUUCCGGGAGCAGGAGGCCCAGCUGCUGAGCCGAGCCAAGCCCGAGGACAGGGAGAGUCUGAAGAAUGCCUGCGUCGUGUGCCUGAGCAACUUCCGGUCUUGUGUCUUCCUAGAGUGUGGGCACGUGUGUUCCUGCGCCGAGUGCUACCGCAUCUUGCCUGAGCCCAAGAGGUGCCCCAUCUGCAGACAGGCGAUCACCCGGGUGAUUCCCUUGUACAACAGCUAACGGUCUUGAGGCCCCACAGUGAGCCCUGCAAGGGAUCCCUGCCCCCCUUCAGGGAUGCUUAUCUCAAGGCCUUUAGGAGAGCAGCGACGGGCUGGCUGCCAUUGCACGGCCCCGGCCACGGAAGGCUGCCUUUCCCAUGUGCGGGGGACCUUUUCUAGCACCGACCACAGACUCAGUCCCUCCCUGGGGCAGGCACGGGGUUGCCGUGUCCCUUUCCUGGAGCCAGGUGAGCAUGUAUGUGGCUGAGAACAGCUCACUGCUCAAUUAUCAGAGUCAGCGGCCUCCAGGUUUUCUGUUCUGGUGUCUUCUUGUCCUUUCUGGGGAGGUAUCGGUUCCUGUGGACUUGAGCCUUGAGUGACUCGGCCAGAGGGGAGGCACGGUUGCCUUGUGGAGCUGCCUCUGAAGAGACGGUCACUGUCUUCCUCCCCUUUGCUUACACCCCGGGAAAAAGUUGUCAGGCUGGACGUGUCACUUGAGUCCCUUUCCCUCACCUGCUGGCCUCCUGCAUGUGCACACACAUGUGGCAGGACAAAAGGAAGUGAAAUUGCGCAUCUGCCCUCUGCCUAACAGCGUGGGCCUCUGGUCAGAGAAUGGAGAGAGGUCAUGUGCAGGGGCACUUGGAACAGUGCCUGUUCAGUGAUCCCUCGUGGUGGUGAGGAUGGGGCUGCGUAGCUGCAGCCCUCCUGGGGCCACCACAGACCUAAAGAGAGGCCGCCAGAGCACGCGUCCCACCCUAACUUGGAACUCCCGAGGCCUGAGAGGGCCAAGGGCUGGCUCUGGUUUUCCUAAAGGAAGCAAUAAGGACACUGCUGCCCCAGCCUUGGGCUUUCUUAGCUUCUCCAGGCUAACCCUAACCCCACCUUGGAAAGGUCCACAUCCCGUGGUGUAAUCACACCACGCCUUCUCACAGUACCGUUCACCCCUCACCUGUCCCGCUUGAGUGUUUGAGUGUAGAGCAGCGGGGAAGCCUCUCUCAUGGCCUCUGAGUACCCAAGGUCACGUGCACGGCACUUUCUUCUCUCUCUGACUUUGAAUAUCCAUGCCCAGAUCCUCCUUUGUGCGGGGCAGGUGGGCGUGCUCUCGGGGCUGACGUAGGUUCUAUGCAGUGUCCAGCGUGGACAGCACAAAUAAAACACCUUA